AUGCCGCCCCCGGCCACAAGUCCCCCCGCCGUGCCCCCACCGGACGGCGGUUGGGGGUGGGCUGUGGUGCUCGCAUCUUUCAUCUCCAUCGGCUUCUCGUACGCCUUCCCCAAGGCCAUCACGGUCUUCUUCAAGGAGAUCCAGGUCAUCUUCGAUGCCUCCUACAGUCAGAUCGCGUGGAUCUCCUCCAUCAUGCUGGCGGUCAUGUACGCCGCGGGUCCCAUCAGCAGCAUACUGGUCAACACGUACGGCUGCAGGCCCAUCGUCAUGAUGGGGGGCUGCCUCUGUGCCACUGGUAUGGUCUUAGCUUCCUUCUGCACCAGUGUGGUGCAGCUUUACCUCUGCAUAGGGGUUAUCGGUGGACUUGGACUGGCCUUCAACCUGCAGCCAGCGCUGACGAUGAUAGGCAAAUACUUCCUGAAGAAGCGUCCCAUUGCUAACGGGCUGGCGAUGGCAGGUAGUCCGGUGUUCCUCAGCACCCUGGCUCCUCUCAACCAGUACCUCUUCAAUCAUUUUGGCUGGAGAGGCAGUUUCCUGAUCCUGGGCGGCCUGCUGUUGAACUGCUGUGUGGCUGGUUCCCUCAUGAGACCUCUGGGACCACCACCCAGCAAGCUCAAGAAGGACGAAGAGUUAGCCGUCAUCGCCACGACAACAAAAGAGAAGCGCACUGCCUGGGAGAUGGUCAACAAGUACCUGGACCUGACGCUCUUCAAGCACCGCGGCUUCCUCAUCUACCUGUCAGGAAACGUGAUCAUGUUCUUGGGCUUCUUCGCACCUAUCGUCUUCCUCACAGCCUACGCUAAGGACAUGGGUGUGGAUGAGUACUCUGCCGCCUUCCUGCUCUCAAUUCUGGCUUUCGUUGACAUGUUUGCCAGACCCUCCAUGGGGCUUCUAGCCAACUCCCGCUGGAUCCGGCCCAAGAUCCAGUACUUCUUCAGCUUUGCCGUGCUGUACAAUGGGGUGUGCCACAUCCUCUGCCCACUGGUGGAGAGCUACAGCGGUCUGGUGGUGUAUUCAGUAUUCUUCGGCUUUGCCUUCGGCAUGGUCAGCUCAGUACUGUUUGAAACACUGAUGGACCUGGUCGGGCCUCAGAGGUUCUCCAGUGCUGUGGGACUCACCACCAUUGUAGAGUGCUGCCCGGUCCUCCUUGGGCCACCUCUAGCAGGGAAACUGGUCGAUGUCACAAAAAACUACAAGUACAUGUAUUUUUGCUGCGGGGCGGUUGUGAUCUUGGCAAGCAUUUGGCUCUUCAUCGGGAACUUCAUCAACUACAGACUCUUGGAGCGUGAGCGUAAGAAUGCAGAGAUGUACAAACCUGCUGAGACGGAGGAUCCAGACCCAGUUCAGGACAAGAAGGAGGCUGAUGGGGAAGCCCAAGCGUCGGAGGAGCCAGCUGACAAAAAUCAAAAGGAUGAGGAACCAAUGCAGCGGGAAACCAACAUCUAGAUCCGUCUGCACUGCCAACAGCUCACCUUCACCUCUGUGGCAGCCUCACAACACCCUCCACCACGAUCAAACCGGGCUCCAAGCCAAGAGGUGCCUCUCGGUGUUCCACCAGGCUCUGUUCGGGCUCCUCUGCACUUGUCUGAAACUAACUGCCAAAGCAACAAACUGUGUUGUAGGAAGCUGUGAGGAAUUAGGUCUGUAUGUCAAAGAGCGUCAGGUGUGACUAACAGAGAUAUAAACCAGAGAGAAAAUUGUAAGAUACUGUAUGCAUGUGAAGAGGCUCAAAAGUCAGAAAAUGUCAUGGAAAAUGGGAAAAACAGUGUACUACUAACUUUAUUUAGUUUUUCGCCACAUUCACCUCAUAUCGGAUUUACUGUAAAUACAAGACUGCAACUGGGGGGUGGGGGGUACUUUCAAGAUACCUAGUGGCAGUCACGAUCAGGAUGUGGCACUAUAGUCGGAGGUAUUUGGCCCGUAUCGUAACCUGUUGUAACCGAGAGCUAAAACAGCAUCAAAUGCUAUGUUGAUAAGUAAAUUGGGUACAUUUAGUCAGACAAUCAGCACCGCUUCAGAGAAGUAUCACCUGCCACAGUUUGUUUAUGGUUGAUUUAAAAUUUCAACCUGUGAAAAUAUUCCACACUGUACCGACAAGCGUCAUUCCCACUGUGUCUUCCGAUAUGCUGUGAAUGCAGCGUCAGCGUCUUGUCACUGUUCCAACAGCACCAGCAAACUGAAAAUGAACGCUGUCGUCUCCACAAACGGUGAAAAAAUGUCUCGGUGGUUAGAGAUGACAAUCUCUCACUGGCGGGUCACUGUUUUUAUUCUAACAGCAGCCAGCGUCUGCACUUGGGGACUUCUUGAAUAAUGCUGAUUCCUAACUGUGUGUUCACACCACGAGCAACUCAAGAGAUUCACUUUUGGCACAUUGCGGGCAGUUAGGGACUCUGAAUGCAACACCUGUGCAGUCAGAUCAGAAGUAUUGUAGCACGGUGAAACAAUUACCCAUUCUCCAGGCUUCGUCCUUUUAAGACGUCUUUUCUUGUAUUCUUUCACAUCUAUGUUGUGGAGAACUGGGCAGAUUUGAAAAGGCUUGAAUCGACUGUUCUCAUUUUAUGCUAAUCUCAGCGUAGUCGUAUCGAAAAAAGGGAAUGAAAGAGGAGCUGAAAUGUGACAUCUGUUAAGCCUAAAAAGCCUGAAAAGUUUGGCCGGUUGUCCCCGGUUAGUCAGCUCUCUGUAGGACUUGUUGAUUGUGUUCCUCGCCGUGUGAACGCAGCGUUGGCAAUCCCAGUGCGCCGGAGACGCUCGGUCCAUCUGGUGGUAUGUGUCGAGCGAGAGCGCAAAAAAAUCCUAAUUGCACUGUGUUUUAAUAUGGCAACCGGGCGCUCUAAAAUUCCCACCUCCAUAAAUAACGAACAGAUGUGUUCGCAGCUGGUGACGCUGGUCCGAGUGCAUUACGCUGGCCGCCUGAGCACUGUAACGUUGUGUAGGAAAAAAAAAAAAAAAAAAAAACCUGCACAAAUGUCCCACUUUAAUACCUUCAAGUCAAAAUGCUUCCUGUAGGUCGUCUUUUGUUCCGUAUUGCACUCAUAUAUGCUGCACUAAAAAGAGAAAUGGCCAUACUUCACCCUCAACAUCUUUAUGAAAUUGCUGCAAUUCCGUGAAUUUAAUUAUGGUUGAAUGUAAUUUCCUCUGUGGGCCUUAAAAAGGGUAUUAAUGACCAAAAACCAUCUGCGCAGUAGUGUGUUUUUUCUUUUUCUCUCUCUACACAUAGAGCCCGUGAGCAAUAUAAUCUCAUGUUUUAAUGCAGGCAUACAGGGGGACGUAUGCCUCGUGGUCAGUGUGAGUCCAUUCUAUGAUGCACUGCCUUAAAUGUAGCGUAAUGAAUGCAGGCGGAGUUGUACAGUGAAUACUUGAUAGUGUUAUACCAAGCUGAUUAACCGUUGUGUUAAAUGUGAUCCACUUAUCUUUUUCGCUGUGAUGAACUAAAAAAAAAAGUCAGUUGAGUCUCCAUUUGUCUCCUCACACAUCUGAGGCGUUGAAGACAUGAGAGUAACUUUGUGCGUCCAUGAACUAAUUCACUAACACCCACAGCGGUACGUUCAAGCAUCUAAAGGAAAAACUACUGAUACUACUAAUUAUAACUGAAUGCUAUCGAAGUUUACCGUUCGUAUCGUGUGCAAAACUAACGUGCUAGUUGAACGUAGAACGUAUCACGUAACCAUCUAAAUGUUGCUCUAAGUGUCAGUGUUGUUCGAAGAUCUAUCCAUUCCAUGUGUCGUUGUUGUUGUUGUUUUUUCCUUUUUGUAAAUGUCAUCCCGCCGUGCCGUCGAUCACCUUUCGUCUCCCAGGCCUCGGCCGCAAACGCUGACCAAACCUCACAUCAGAUGUCCUGACAAAGCCAAACCCGUUUAAUAACACAUUUUUAUUAUUAUUAUUUUUUUUUUAAAGCAAGUCACGAACACAGAAUCAUGCAGAAUCAUCCAGCUGUGUAGCCGUGGCUCUCUACCGUCCAUUGUGAAAAUCAGAGGAAUCAGCCGCUGUUGUGUUUGUCCGGAUGUGCUCCCAGGGUGUCGGUGGAACACUGUUGAGAAUAUCCGCUCUGCCGUUUGGGCGCACUUUCUGUUCUCGGUGUAACUCAACACGUUGACUUCUUUGAGACGAGCCGGUCUUGUUUUCUUUUUCAUUUGGGUGAAGAAAAGCUCAGCUCUUCAGAUUCUCCCAUCAUGCACGUAGCUCACCAGCAUUUCACGCCGAUACUAGACAGUAUUUUUGUAUUGCCAUGUCUGUACCCUGUCAACAGUUUUGAUAAUGAAUAACCCCCUGAAUGUUAGCUUAUCCUGCUUGCACUUAAUUAAAAGGACGAGGGACUACUUCCAUUUGCUUGAAUGCACAGGUGGCUCUGCCCACUGUACAUGAUGACACUCAAUGACAGACUGUUGUACAAUCACUUUCUACCAAAUAACACUGCCCCCUGCUGGUUCCAAACCACCCAGACCAAAAGGUACAAGUGAGCCAAGCGUCGCUUUCAACAGGAGAACACACUCGUUCUCAUACGUUUAGUCUUUGAAAUGACCAAGCAAGGUUCCAUUUGUAAUGGAUGAUGUCAGUACAUUUCUUUCCUCUUGUUUUGUUUUGUUUUUUUUUUUUUUGGUGGAGGUUUUGUUAGAAUGAAUACUCUCUCUUUGUAUUUGUAUGUCAAAGUAUACAAAUGGAACCACCUUGUAAUGGUUUUGAUGGACCCAUUGGAAUUUCUUCCUUUUUUUUUAAAGGAGUGACUGACCCUCCGUGUUCUCUUCAGUCGUUAAAAAUAGCAAUCUGCACGGAGCAGAUAUAACAACCGUAGUGCUGAGCAGCAGCUCCCCAACCUGGCGAUCAGAAGAUGACUCUGGGGGGUCAUGAGAUAAUCAAACAAUGAAUUACAACUAGAAUGUAAUCUGAUAUUUGCUAUUUAUUUUUCUUGUCUGUAAUUGUUGUGCUCCUGUAGAAUACUGUGAAAUAUUCGAACUUCAAACAAAGAUCUGUGAACUGAAAAUCACAUGAUUCGCACUCGCCAAAUCAGAUCUAUGAUAAGAGCUUGCGAGUAAACAUGGUUCAACUAGAAGGGAGCUGCUGGUUUAGAGGUCGACACGAUAUGGAGGCGAGUUACGACAGAAGUAAAUAACGAUGUUUGAUGUGUUCUGCUACAGUAUUCACCUUACCGGACUGCAAAUAAAAAAAAUAAAAAAAUUUAAAAAACCCAUAA